CAUGGACGCAUGUAAACUAACACGAGCAUGGCGCGGCUGGUGAAGUUGUUUAUGCAGAUUGACAACAUAAAAGAGGCUCAUUUCGUCAGAAACAGGAUUGCGGAGGAAAACAGACAGCGGGAGAAUUCUGCGGCGGUCAGAAUCCAAAGCUGGUUCAGAGGCUGCCGAGUGCGAGCUUACCUGAGCCGUAUCCACAGGAAGGCGACGAUGAUACAGAAAACAUGGCGGGGUUUCAAAGCACGGGAGCACUUCAGGCAAAGGGUAAAGACAGCAUAUUUUCUCAUGAAGAUGAAUUUCUACAAUAAGAUGGCUGUCAAGAUUCAGCAGAGAUGGAGAGGCUACUACGUGAGGAAGUACGUUCACAAUUACUAUGCACGGAAAAGGUACCUGGAAGCCCUGACCCAGAAGAAUGAGCAAAUCAGGAGAGAGUUAGAGGAGCUGGCUGAGCACCAGAGAAAGGAGAGAGAGCGUGUCGCGAUGGAGAGAGAAGAACAGGAGAAAUACGUCCGAGCUCAACGACUCCACUUCCUCCUCAGCACCAAACAGUGCCCAGGUGUGUUCAACUCGCCGUUCCGCCCAGAGCCCGAUGAGAUGGAGCUGAGGUUAAGAAGAGUUAAACCAGUUCGGACCAUGUCUGCUCCCAAAGAAUCCUGGCCUAUGAACCAACAGCCCUCUAGCUACCAGCACAACAAAGAGCGACUACCACCCAUACACAACACCCCGCAGGGGCCCUUCCGGCCAGCUGUGGAGGUGCAGCAGCAGCGCUACCGGCCCCUGGAGCCCAGCCUGCGCGUGGCCACAUCCAUCACAGCCCUGGAGGAGGCCAGAGAGGAGCUCCGGCGGCAGGAGUGGAGGACUCGCCUCAUCGACCACCCAUUUCUGCCUUUCUCGAAGGCCCCAAACAAAAAGUAUGAACCUCUGCUCCACGCUGCCUCUCCAUAUCAGCAGACGGAGUACGGGACAAAGCACUUCCGAGAGGAGAACAGGAGCCAGCUUGAGACGAAAAAGCUGUUCAGGAGGGUCUUCACAACCUGCCAUGUGUUUGACAAGUUCGGGCGCCUGUACUCCAACACUGGGAAAACUGUGUAACAGAAUUCUGCAUAUGAAUCUUAUU